ACAGAAAAGAGGAGAAAGCCAGAGAGCAGAACUGCGGCGGCACGAUGGGGAUAUUCAGCCUGCGUGGGCUCCGUCGCUGAGCCGUCCGGAGUUCAGCCACAGUAUGUGUGUGCCUGCUCGUGUGUGAGUGUGUGCAUGCAUGCAUGUGUGAGUGAGUGAAAGCCCCUGCCGACACCGUGUGGAGAAAGGGAAGAAGACGAAAAGAGACCGGGUGGAGAGAAGGGAGAAGAAAAAAAAAAAGAGGGGGAGUGUUGACUCUGUCUCGGGCUUAGAGGAGGCUCACGCUACUGGAUCAUAGACGCCGAUGUGCAACAACUACUCCCAACUACUGCUGCCCCUGCUCCACCUGCGUGCCACUGCCUGACUGUCCUCUUUAACUUCUGCCAUGGCAUAGCCUCCUCUUCCAGCUCGCUUCUGAUCUACUGAGGAAACAGGCAUGCAUGGGCACAACCAGGGAUCUAGGCUAUCACAUCCUUUACGUCAGUAAUUCACAGUCUGAGGAAACAUGGUGAGCAAGGAGGGUGGCAAAUGCAUGCUCACCAACUCAGAGUCUGACUCGGAGGCAGCGCCCGUGCCCUCCGCUUCGCUGGCGCUGGGGGUAAAGUAUUCCCUGGAAGCCAAUCGACAGGUGAGGAAGAGAAACAAGGCCUUGCAAGUGCGUUUCAAGGACAUCUGCGAGGCGCAGAACGAGCAAAGAGAGGCGGAGUUGCAGGCAGCGGGGAAAAGUGGCAAACCAAUGUCAUACAAAGUGGCAUACCGCAAAUACAUGACUGUCCCUGCACGCAGAUCGAUUCCUAACGUCACGAGGAGCACAGGUGUUCAGACGUCACCGGACCUGAAGAAACGGUAUCAGACGUUUCCCUUCGAACGCAAAAAAGGACAUACCUUUAAGCAUGUGGCGGCUGUGGAAACUUAUAAAGGUCAGAAUAACGGUUUUAUCAUGGAGGUGAAGCAGUCUAAGGCACCUGAGCAGGGUUUAGAUGAGGAGGAGGAGGGGGCCUGUGGGGGGAGCGGAGUCCUGAGGACCAGGGCUCUGCUCCAUACUAAUGAGUGCAUUGCCACAGUGGAGCAGCACACUGCACCUGAUGGCCUGUGCUCUGAUGCUCUGCUGCUCACUUGCACUGCAGACACAGACUGCCUUGCAGACACACCGAGAGGAAGCGGAGCUGGAGCACAGGCAGAGUACCAGCUCUGCAGCAUACCUUCCAGAGCCAGAACAGGAUUACAACACAGGGAGGCCGACACAGACCGCUCGGCCAAGAGGCAGCUGCUCAAUCUGGAGGAGGGCUCAUCCCGAACCCUGCCGGACAGGGCCUCCAAGGUUACGGGCCCCAUCGCCUGGAACUCCCUCACCCAGGUGGAGUGCCUGGACAGUCCAUCUGUACGGAGCAAGCGAAAGAAAGGCCUGCAGCUCAACGGGCUGUCGAGUGAGACGUUACCACGAUCCCGUGGAGGCUGUAAAACACAGGCACAGUGCCACACGGGGCAGUUAUCUGCCCGGCCUAUACGGGGCAUGGAGGAACCUCUGUCACCCUGCAUAGGCGGUGAGGCUGAUGGAACACCAACCGACCAAACGCAGGAAGCCUGUAAGCAAAUAGUGCCUAUGAAUCAGGACGGGGACGUUAAAGCACAGCUCCAGGCCAUGGAAAAUCUCAUCAGCUCCAGCCAAGAGACCAUCAAGGUGCUGCUGGGGGUCAUCCAGGAACUGGAAAAAGGAGAGGCCCACAGAGAAGGACUCUCCUAUCGAACCGGACAGGACACGGCCAACUGUGACACAUGCCGGAACAGCGCAUGCAUUAUUUACAGUGUUGAACUGGAUUUCAAGCAACAGGAGGACAAGCUACAACCACUGAUGAAGAGGCUUUUCCCAACAGAGGACACCCACUUCCCCCCCCUGCCUUACCCUCAGGAGGCCUUCACCUCCACCCCAAAACGCAAGUCCAAAGCUGACUCCAAGAAACACGCUCGCUGGAAACUUUGGUUCCUGUGACAACAAAAAACCAUGUUCCCCUCCACCACCGUGCACAGGAUUUAAGUGUCCAUCCGAUCAUCCGCUUUUGUUUGGUUUAUUCCUCAACUUCUUUUUGGAUGUAGACCUGGUAUUAAUGGAGACCUUGACUGGAUACCGAACCCUUUUCUGAGAUAACAGGAUGUUUAAUGAGACACGAGUGCGGAUCCCACGGAAAAUUUAAAAUGUCAUGCUUACCAAAAAUGGAUUCUGAGUUAUUUUGAACUAAUUUCUUCAAACAGGGUGUGAAAUUACACCAAGGAAACAUAUUUGGAGAUCGGCAAGGUGAGAAGAUGAAUUUGAUUUCCCGAUGUCUAUUUGCAUAUAUAUUUUUUCUUCUUCUAGCUGACGUCAACGGGGUUCUGUUCUGUAAUGGUUCUGUGCCCUUCACAUUUCCAUUCAUCAGUUGGGACUUUCUUCCCAGCCUCCAGGAGAGGUUGGCAGAUCAACCAUAAUGCUCUGAGGCCUCCAUAAACAGCAUAUCACUGUACUGCAAAGCACAAUUAGAACUGUUCAGGAUACAUUUUCUCCAGAAUAAUUAAAAAGAACUAUUUUGAGUAAUAACUCACAUAUGUAGAUUGUCUACUAACCAUGCAGAGUGAAGACUUUCAUAUCUAUAUAAAGAAGAGACCUAAAGGACAAAAUAUCAGAUGUUUAUUGGAGUUCUACAGUCAACUUUUUAUCCAUCGCUAAAAUGUUUCCUUGAAUCCACUGACUUUGAAGAAAAAAAAACAAAACAAAAGAAGAAAGAACACUUAUUUUCUUAAUAUUUGCAAAGUUAAACAUCAAUGUACUUUUUUCUAUAUAAAUAUAUCAAUAUACAUCCACUUUAAGAUUUAGCAAAAUGUAUUUAUUUGAGCUGCAGUGACGGGAGCUGUGCAGUUCAAACACUACAGUGCAAAAGGAAGUCGAUCAUUUCACAAUUCUCAACUCGUUUCCAUGCAUCGCAAAGUUCGUACUAACCUCACGUAUGCAUAAGGUCAUUAAACACCAAGAAAAGACAAAAACCCAUUCAUUGGUAUAAAAGCAUAGACACACUGAGAAAACUGUUACUGUUACUAAACCAACUAUAAUAAAUAGUUGGUUUUCAGCACACGCGAAGGGUAUCAGAGGAUAGCUUUGAUUGUAUUGCUGCAGUAUCCUGUAUCAGCUACUAUAAUAGCUACUGAAACCAAGCCAGAGAAACUGAAUGUGCCACUUCUGAUCACAACCAGGGCUUCUACAGUGCAGGGUGGCAGGCUUAUAGCCUUGCAUGCUUUUUACAACCUUUGAAUUUUGCAGGAUAUUUUCUAGCUUUUAAAACAAUUUUUAAUGAGAUUGACAAAAUCUCCCCCCCCCAUUUCCCUUUAUUAUUGUUAAAAAAUAGUUCCUGCUCAUUGCUUUGCAUCUAUUCGACUGUAAAGUAAAAACCAUGUGCAGUAACUCCACAGCGGGUUCAACAAUUACAUACAGCCAAAACAACAUGUGCAUUUACUACACCUUCAUGUGAAAAAGUGAGAACAUCCGAUAAGAACAAUUCGUUUUUGGACGGAUAUGGACGGACAAACAUUUUAUCCUCUUGGAAAUAGUGCUCAUUAGCAAAGGUGCUAAUCUGAAAUGAAAAAAAAAAAAGAAACAUACAUGCACACACCCAAGUGCAAAUCGGUCGAAUUUACUUUCUAUUAACACACCAAAACAAUUUGGGCUUCCGGGUUUGUUGUCAGUGAUUAGACCCUACACAGGCUUUGUGAGGGUAUGUUGAUUAAGGUGCCACAAAGAUUUGCAGGUAACUCUUGCAGCGUUGAAGUGAUCAUGUCUACAAUCAUGAUAUGCAUGAGAGAUAUGUCAAGAGAGCUGUUUGGCCACAACAGUAGAGAGAACAUUUUUGAAGAGAAAAACCUUUUACAAUAUGUGAAUCUGGGUCGUUAUGCCUCGAGGACACUUUGCUUGCUGGGACUGGGCAGCUUGCAUUCAUUUUCUCAAGUGUGAAUUAUUUAUUAUAUCAAAGAAUUUUAAAGGAUUAUUUGAAGAUACAUGAAUGAAAGUUGAAGCUGAACUAGAAGUGGACCUGAAAAAAGUAUACAUAAAGUGUAUGGAAAUGGUCUUAAAUCUUGUCUUAAACAGGCAGAACAAGUUCAAACAUCAAACAUUGUCCAUUGACGAUUUGGCAAAAAUUUCAGUAAUUCAAAGACUUUUAGACAAUUACUGCCUUGCUGACCCAGGCCUAGAAACCAGUCUGCAACCCCCCCUCCAAUCGCUAAGGAACAGUGUGUAUUCUUUGACUUGCUGAUGACUGCUCGCUGGAAGUUGCUGCCCGACACUUGGUAAAGUCUAUUUCCUGAACCAACAACCAAAACAUUUCAAAAGGCACAACUUUUACUUUGAAAUCAAAUGGCCUCUUUCCAGUUUGUGCCACACCUUUCACAGUUUUAUUACUGCUUGGCAAGACGUUUUUCAAGUCUUUACAGCCAAGUCGGCGUCUUCCAUGCACAGUAAGCGACCGCGGCAACCUGAAAGUGACCAAUCACAAAGAGGUUUUUGGUGCAGCACUGCAUAUCUCCAUGCACCGUGACCAAUUUCACGCUAGCAGCUGCCAGCAACCUUCAGAAUAGAAACUUUUACCUAGUGAGCAACGGUUGCCCAGGAUAUACUGACCAGACUCAGCCUGUCCGGCCGAUGGCAACUCUAGUUUCUUAAGGCUGAGGAUGUACUUGUGUUUAAACAGAUAAUAACAUAUUACUUUAUAUGUCAUUGUAUGUUUUUGGUUAUCAUGUUCUUUAAGUAUACUACAUUUAUCUGUAGGAGCCAUUUCAAUUCAAAGAGGAUCUAGUGUGUGCUGGUCCAGAUAUUUAAACAAGUAAUCAGUUUCCAUGGGAUGUUUUUACUUACUCACAUCACUGUAUGUAAAUAUAUAUUACACAAUAUCAAAUAGUGCUGAAAAACAUUUCAAGUGUGGGAUAACAGCCAAUAUCUAAAGAGAAAAAACAAAAACGUAAUAGCUGAUCACUCUAAAAGACACAACCACUGCCCUAGAAGACAGGAAAUAUGCCAAAGUGGUUUCAAGGACAUAAAAAAAAUGUACAACAACAAUAUCCAGCAAACUACUAGCUAUCACUGGCUUGACCUUCACAAGCUCCAACAUGCUGCAUUUUGUUAGUUACAUAUAUUUCACAACUUCACUCUUGUAUAUGCUAGGUUGGUUUCUUUCAGUAGUUAUACUGUAGCAUCAAGAGAGAACUAGAUGUUUAUCUGUAUCUUAAAGAAGUGCAAUUGAUUUAUUAUGUGCAAUACUGUGUCUUUUAUACAGUUUUUUUAAA